GGGGCGGCCCGAGGGGCGGGGCCGGGCUGUAACCGCUGCGCAUCCCCUGCCUCGGGGCGAUCCCCGCACGCGGCGGGAUGGGGUCUCGGACGUGACGUGAGCUGGGAGCGGACGGUCGGUCCCCAGUCCCCCCUCCCCCACCUGUAUCAUGGGCCGCGAGCCGCCGCCGCACUGAUUGAGCCGCCGCCGGGAGAUGCCGCCGCCGCCGCAUUAGCAAGGGGCGGGGAGCGCUCGGCCGCCGAGCCCUGAGCCGCCGCAGGAGGCGGCCGCGGCGAUGCUGGGGCCGCGCUGAGCGUGGGGCGCGAUGGCCGAGGAGCCGGCGCUGAGCCCGGAGUCGGUGCUGCGGUUCCUGGCGGCGCGGGGCGGGCGGGCGCGGAACGCGGAGCUGCUGGAGCAUUUCCGGGGCUGGCUGAGCCCCCCGGAGCCGGAGCGCCGCGCCCGGGCCCGCCAGCGCUUCAAGGAGCUGGUCAACGCCGUGGCCACCGUGCGGCUGGAGCCCGGCUCCGGCGCCAAGUACGUGCAGCUGCGGCGGCGCUACCGGCCCGCGGGGACCCCGGCUGCGGACAAGCCGGACUCGCCGCCCGGUGACCGGCCCCUCGAAGCCGGCGGUAGCGAGGCCGCCGCCCCCCUCGAUCCCCGAGCGGCGCCCGGGCCCGAGCCGCUGCCUGACAUCGCGGACACCGCCCCCGUAGGCCCCCCAGCGGCGCCGGAGCUGCUGCCCAGCAUCGCGGUGACCCCUGAGGAGGAGGCGGACUCGGUACAGCGGAGCCGGGACUCCUCGCCUUGCCCCGGGGGGCAGCCGGGGGAGAUCGCGCCAGCUGCCCCGGGGAAGCCGGACCCCGAGGAUGGGGCGCUCCGGGGGAAGGGCCCCCCCAGCUGCCCGCAACAGCCUCCCCAGGCGGGGAGCGGGAGCGACUUGCCCCGGCUGGGCCAGGUGCCCCCGGGCGGCGGCAGGAAGAGGAGCUCGCGGCGCAAUGUGGCCCGGGGGCUGCAGGCGCAGCCGGGGCACGGCGCGGAGGAGACGGUUGCCUCUGCCCGGCUUGCCGAAGAGGAGGGGGCCGAGGCCGGUUCCGGCUCCCCCCGUUCCCCGGGCAGCUCCGGCGGGGGGGCCACCCCCAGGUCCGGCCGCAAGAACUUCCGCGAGUUGAUGAUGGGCAGCUCCCCCCAGCUGAAACGGAGUUUCUUCCCCGGGGCCCCCCGAGCCCGCGGGGGGGACUCGGACAGCGCCUCGCUGGCCUCCUCCUCCGCCGAGGAAGAGAGCGGCGGGGGGAGCUCGGUGGCGCUGGACCCGCUGGAGCACGCCUGGAUGCUGUCAGCCGCGGACGGCAGCUGGGAGAGCCUGGAGGGGCUGCUGAGCUGUGAGCCGGGGCUGCUCUCCAAGCGCGACUUCAUCACAGGCUUCACUUGCCUGCACUGGGCCGCCAAGCACGGGCGCCACGAGCUGCUCGCCAUGCUCGUCAACUUCGCGCACAAGCAGCGGCUGCCCAUCAACAUCAACGCGCGCACCAGCGGCGGGUACACGGCGCUGCACCUGGCGGCCAUGCACGGCCACCUGGAAGUGGUCAAGCUGCUUGUGGGGGCCUACGAUGCAGACGUGGAUGUCAGGGACUACAGCGGGCGCAAGGCCUCCAGCUACCUGAGCCAGGGCACCACGGAGGAGAUGCGGAGCCUGGUGGGGGCCCUGCAGGAGGAGGGCGAGGGCGCUGUGGGCAAUGGGAGCGGGCGCUGGAGACUCUCCAAAGUGCUCCCCUCCAACCUCAUUACCCACAAACUCUCCCACCACCACCAGGGGCAGGGUGAGGAGACUGAGUCCUGCGACGGGGCAGCGGCCCUGGGCAAGGGCAAGGAAAUGAGUAGGAAAGCCUCAAAUAGCGGCAGGAUGAAACCACGGCUCAACAAAAUCCGAUUCCGCACCCAGAUCAUCCACACCACUCCCUCUUUCCGAGGGGAGGCUGAGGAGGAGGAGGAGGAGCAGGAGGAGAAGCCACUGAAAACGUCCUUCAAGCUCAGACCCAAAUCCAAUGUCUUUGGUUAAGCAGGGAAACGAGCAAUGUCUAAAUCAGGGGUGUGACAUGCUCCUGAAUCCAUUGAGCAUGUAGUGCAGAAGAGAGGGAAGUAGAUGUAUGCAAGAGUGGGAGGAGUCACCCUACUGCUACCUGGAAGGCUGCCAUCAUUACUAAAUUUUCCUGAGUGAAAGCAGCAACAAUAAAUCCUCUCUGGGCUCCCUCAGAGCCUGCCUGGGAAUGGUGUGGACUUUGAAUCUAUUCUUCUCCCUGGCCCAGCAGAAGAAAGUCAUUUCCCAUUACACCUUUGUACUAGGCAGACUUUUCCUCGGAGAGUGAAUCAGGCUCAGCUGUGAUGUUGGGCCUCUUUUCCUCACCUGGCUUUGUAUAGUCACAGUGUGGCUUCAGAAGGUGGUCAUUUGGUUGACAGAACAAAUGCUUAGCUGGACAUAACCUGGUUUGACCUAAUAUGGCUUUCUGUAUCAAAAGCAUUGAAUUAGACACAAAUUGGCAGAAGUCAGUAUAUGGUGCUUAUUGCCAUCUUUUUUCCUAGUGAUUUCUUCCCUUGAGGUUAAUUGAACUUUCCUCACAUACAUACAUAAACUAGAACAAUUCUUUUUCU